UUAUAAAUUUAAAAGAUUGCUUAUCCCCGGAUUCGAAACCGGGGUUGUAAUACGUAAUACAUAAAUACAUUCUCUAUAUUUCUAAAUUUCUCCAUCGCGUAUCGGCUACAAUAUCCCCAAAUCACCUUCUCUAGGAUUCAAAUCCCUAAAACACGAUCUUCAUCAUCAAAAGAGAUUCAAAUCGAAUCUGAGAAGCCAUGGAUAAAAGCAGCAGCAUCAACUCCACGGCCUCUACCGCUUCCAAUCUGAGCACGGCUUCCCUCGAGAAGCUAGAUCAGGCGGCGAGCUGGUUCGGCGCCACCGUCAUCUCCGCCUUCUUCGCCUCCCUCGAGCGCUGCUCCUGCGUGAACCUAUCCACCUUCGAUGAUGACGACGACGAAGACGACAACGAGGAAUCCAACAGCCGUCCCCUUGCUCUCUCCGCCGCUCCUCAACCAGACGACAUCGUUUAGAUUCUCUGGUAAUCCCUCGGUUUUUAGGAAUUUAAUCAACGAUGUAAGACGUUCAGAAACUUUUGAUUGUAUAUGGCGGAUUUGAUAUCUAAUUUUUCUCCGAAUGUUUAUGUAUAAAGUGAUUAUGGUCGCUCUUCGUUCAUGAUUUGUGAAGUUUAUAUAUUUUAUAUAUGCUUGGUUUUGGAUU